AUGGCGGCAUCACUGUUCACCUUCUCCUCCACCUCAAGAAGAGUUUUCCCAGCUCCAAACUCGCCUCCUCUUCCCAUAUACAUCAAAGCCACCAACGUAGUUUUCAACCCUGAUAUUCCAGAAGUUCAUCGAGAGUUCUUUCCCGAACAAGUCUGUGAAGUCUACUACACUGCAACAAUUAAUGAUGAAAACAACACCAUCUCCGGGACUAUUGGCCGUGGAAGACACUCAGUCUUCAUUACCGCUGACCUCCUCAGUGCUGCGCUCAGGUUACCAAUCUUUGAACCAUUCUCAGAGCUUCCAUCUAUUGAACGUUGUAGACGUCUCUUUGAUCAAUUGGGAUACAAUCACUCUAAGGUUGGUACUCGAUCAGCUCUCAUUCUGCGUCAGUGCAUGACUCCAGGAUGGAAGUUCUUCACCGAUGCUCUGUGUAAGUGUGUGGGUCACAAAUCUCGCAGUGGUGAUCAACUGAGCACGUAUGAACAACAAGUCGUCUGUUCCCUUCUUCUCAAAAAACGCCUUGAUUAUGGGGCUUUCUUCUUUGAUCAGGUUGUCCAACUUCAUUGUGCAAAUGUACGCGCUGAUCAUGUCCCCUUUCCACGCUGGAUUGCUCUUGUGCUAGAUAAGUUUUUCGCUGAAGCUUACUAUUCACAUUCUGGGAACCCCAUCCAAUGCCCUCGCAUGUCAGUGCAAAUGUAUCAGGAUGAUCCAUUAGACACCGAUAUCGGCAUCUCUGAUUGGAUGAGAGAAUGGAUCGCAAAUCCAUAUACUGUUCCUUCACUCACCGCUGAUACUGAUGAAGGAGCUGAUGAUAACAACGAAGAUCAUGCUGAUCAAGAAGCUGAAUCACAGAAUGGUGGCCAUCUCUCCCCUCAACUCUCUCAUCAUACUCUCUCUGACAUUGAGAGAGGUCACUCAGCUCAAGGGGAGCCAUUAUUUCAGGGGGAGCAACCAUUCCAGGGGGAGCCACCAUCUUAG